AUACAUACAUGUGAAUAUAUAAAAUGCAAAGUAGUUAUGGACAGUAAAUCAUCUUAAUUCUCCUAUCAUUGACAUUUCCUGUCAAAAAGUCUUCCCCUUUCAUCAGUUCUGUUUUCAAAGUAGUGCACAUCAGCGUAUCAAACAAAGACUGAAGGCAUUGUCUUUUUGUUCUGUUAAAAUAACCCACUACAAUCACAGAGCAGAGAAGACUCGUCGACUAAUGCCUCUGGUACGCCAAAAAUGGUAUUUAUCACAUACUGUCCGUGUUAAAUAAGCGCUCUUGACUUUUUCCACAUUGAUGGCCAGGCAGGUCGGUGUCGAGGCCUUCACUGUAUACCUGAAAUUGGACUGACAGAUGUAGACGGCUUUUAUGGUCAUGGAAAAGUACUGAAAGAAUCGUUGUGCUGGUUAUCACCCCUGCCUGGCGAUGAUCCACUGGUGAUAUUGGAAAGUCGGUAUAUGAUCUUCUUCCCAAAGAGCUGCAGCUGCCAUCCUCCAGAGAGCAGAACGCAGCUGCUAUGAGUCAAAAAAGUGGUGGAGAGGCCGGACCACCCCCUCCAACAGCGCUCGCCGCGGAUGCAAUGACCACAGGGAGCCCUCGCAGUCCUUUUCCUACCUCUUCCAGUUCGACCUCACACUCCACGUCCGCCUCGGAUAGCAGCGCGCCAGGAGAUGCAGGCGGCCGAAGGAAAGCCGAAGUUUUGUCUGUGGAAAGCAAGCUCUCCGGCGGUGGCAGGGUUUGUGGAGAAAAAGCAGCCGGAACCGUCCAGCAGCAACACCAGGUGACGCCCUCCAAGCGUCCCGUUCUCAACAUCUCGCCUCCACCUGAAGACUUGUUUGAUGACAGCCAAAUGUCAUGCCAGGAUGAGCUUGUACUUGACUCGGAGCAAAGCAACAGCAUCUGGAUUGAAAACUCUGUCUCUAACUUCAGCAUCGUAAGCUCCAGCUCCUACAACGACAAUACUGAAGUGCCCCGCAAGGCCCGAAAGUGCACCCCACGGCAGAAGCCCGGACCAAAACCAGUCUCCGCUGAAGAGGCCAGCAUGGAUGUCUUUGAUGCAGAUAGUGCCAAAGGGCCACACUUUGUACUCUCGCAGCUUGGCCCAGACAGCAAGGGCUCUACUAAAGCAUGUUCUGAGGGACCACAAGCGUCUUGUUACAAAGGUGUAAUACUGUCUGGUCAGUAUCCUCAAAAAAGUGAAGGAAAGGAACUGAAGAUUCUGGUACAGCCCGAGACUCAACACAGAGCACGUUAUCUGACCGAAGGCAGCCGAGGGUCUGUCAAAGACAGAACACAGCAGGGUUUUCCUACUAUUAAGCUCGAGGGAGUGAAGGAGCCAGUGGUCCUGCUUAUUUUCGUAGGCAACGAUGCUGGACGUGUGAAGCCCCACGGGUUCUACCAGGCCUGUAGGGUGACGGGCCGUAACACAACCGCUUGUAGAGAAGUGGACAUUGAAGGCACCACUGUCAUUGAAGUGCCUCUGAACCCAAGCAGCAAUAUGACUUUAGCUGUGGAUUGUGUGGGGAUCCUGAAGCUCAGGAAUGCUGACGUGGAGGCCCGUAUCGGGGUGGCCGGAUCUAAGAAGAAGAGUACCCGUGCCAGGCUGGUGUUUCGAGUCAACAUCCCGCGCCCCGAUGGCUCUGUGCUCACGUUACAGACCUCGUCUUCUCCCAUACUGUGCACCCAGCCUGCAGGAGUACCUGAGAUUCUCAAGAAGAGUUUGCACAGCUGCUCGGUUAAAGGCGGGAAUGAAGUCUUUAUUAUCGGAAAGAACUUCCUUAAAGGAACCAAAGUUAUAUUUCAGGAAAAUACUUCAGAUGAUAAAUCCUGGAAGGCAGAGGCAGACAUCGACAUGGAUUUUUUCCAUCAGAAUCACCUUAUUGUCAAAGUCCCUCCAUAUCAAAAUCAGACGAUCACAUCACCUGUGUCUGUUGGUGUCUAUGUUAUGACAAACGCUGGACGUUCCCAUGAUGUGCAACCAUUUACAUACACUCCAGAACCAGAUGUUGAUUCAUCAGUGAAGAAGGAAGUCUUGCCUCCGGUGACACCGUGUUGUUUUGAACAAAUGAAAGUAAUAGAUAGUGCCUUGAUGACCCCAGUUUUGCCUCUUGUUAAGCGAGAAGAGGCCACUCCAAUGGAUGUCUCUAGUAAUCCUUCUGCCUUCAAGCAGACCCCCAGUGUCAUCAAUUCAGCACAGCAAGCCUUAGAGAUGAGUACAGAGAUCUCCACCAACAGUUGUACAUUUUCCAGUCCUCUAACCCACCAAACAAGAGAACAGGAGCAAUCACAGAACUCUGUUUUUACCAACAAAGAGCCCUUCAGCACCAUUCAAAAGCAGGACCUUGCCCCCAGCGGCUCUUUCCAUGUGCCUAGUGAAUCUCUUCUCCAGCAAGGUGUUCAGCCAUUCCUUCUGGAACAGAGAGACAGCCUUGGACAGGAGAGGUCCAGCAAUGCUAGCGGAUCAGUGGUGGGGCUCUCACAAAUAGAUGACAACCCACAGCAACAACUGUCGCUACUGCCGCCGGAUGAGGUGGCGCAACUGGAGCAAGCUGUGCGGCAGCUGCAAGCGAAGGGAUUCUGCAACAUUCAACUUCAAGCUGAGAAUUCAUUGUCAAAGCAGCGACAACAUCAUCUUCAGCAGCAGCAAAUUCAACAGCAGCAAAUACAGCAACAACAGCAGCAGCAGCAAAUUCAGCAACAACAGCAGCAGCAAAUUCAGCAACAACAGCAGCAGCAGCAGCAAAUCCAACAGCAACAGCAGCAGCAAAUUCAGUUGCAGCAACAGAUCCAGCAACAAGAGCAGCAAAUUCAGUUGCAGCAGCACAUUCAGCAACAACAGCAGAUCCAACAACAAGAGCAGCAAAUUCAGCUGCAGCAGCAGAUCCAACAACAAGAGCAGCAAAUUCAGUUGCAGCAACAGAUCCAACAACAAGAGCAGCAAAUUCAGCUGCAGCAGCAGAUCCAACAACAAGAGCAACAAAUUCAACUGCAGCAGCAGAUCCAGCAACAAGAGCAGCAAAUUCAGCUGCAGCAGCAGCACCAAGUUCUGGAGAACCUUCAACAUCAGCUCUUUCAGGCCCCUGUUCAAAUGCAUUGUGGUUCAGAACAGCAGGGCUCCUCGCAAGCUAUGGUGCAAAAUGGAAGUUCUCUCUUCCAGCAGACACCACCACCACAACAACAACAGCAGCAGCAAGCAGCUUUGUUCCAACAAGCCAAUGAGCUUUUAUCUAUUCAAAGUGGCUUUCUUCAGCAGCAACCUAAUCAUUCCACACCUUCCCUCUUUCACAACCCUACAACCAUGCCUGAAGCCCAAAGUUCACAGGAGACCCUUUAUCACACACAGAAGACCUCACCCAACCAGGAUCAGGUCCAAGCUUCUCUUUUCCAAACCAAUCUCACGGUUCUUAGUGGGUCAAAUAUGUCCACAGACGUUCAACCCCCUGCGACCAGUAUGUUUCUUGCACAGAAUGCUGUACCGGGUCAACUCGCAGUUAAUGCCAGCCAGCCACAGCAGCUGGCUUUCCUGACUUCAAUGCAGACGUCUUCUCUUGAGGCCCCAUCUGUAUUCCCAACUCCGACCCAACUGUCCCCCAUUCAGCAAAGCACUCCAAUGGAGCAGCAACAGUCACCGGAGCAUGCCCAACCUGGAUCCAUUUACCAGAGCAUCUCCCAGUCACCAAGCAAACUCUCCUCUGGCCAGCAACAGCAGGCCGGUCUACUCCUCAGUUCUCUAACAUCUACAGUGACGCAAGAGCAAGCCUCCAGUCUGUUAUUUGGUGGCCAAGUCCAGAUAGCAUCAAUGAACAACAGCAGCUUAAGUUCUCCAGAACAACAAAACACUUCUCUACCUUUCACCGUCAGGCAACAAGAGCCAUCUGAGCCCAUGACUUUUCAGGAUCAGAGUACUAUGGUGGUCAACCCGUCCUCUAAUAAGUCCAUGUUCCCGGACCAGCAACCCAUGCAGCUUGCAGCAAGUUCUGGGACUGGGCCUUCACAGUCUCUAAACCUCUUCAUGGCCCAGCCUAACAUGCCUGGGGGAGUAGCUCCUCAAGAAGCCCUCUUUGCACCGCAGAGUGAUUUAACUGGAAUUCAGCCCAGCACUUCAUCACCAGUCCAACAGUCAGGUCCCCUCUUUCAGACCACCAUGAGUGGAAACCUCAGCCAGCCCAACCAGAAUCAGCAGCCCAACCUUUUCCUCUUUGAGAUCCAUAAUGAGUGCAGUCAACUGAUGAACUCCCAAGGAACUAGGCUGUCUGAUCAGAUUAUUGCCAUCAAUCAAUCUGCUCAGCAAGAAAACGAGGUCCAGUCUUUACUCGGCCAGUCUAUGUCAGACCCUGGAACUGUCCAGACCCCAAUGACAACGUCUCAGAACAUGGAGAAGAUUGAUGACCUUCUGGUGAGCCUUCAGGAGCAAGGCAAUAACAUCUCACACUCCUAUUAGGGCCUUCAAAGUUUAACUGCCCAGUGUCUCCAUUCCACGUAUGAUUGUAGAUGUUUCUUGCACACACAAUGGAUAUUUGAAUGUCCUCUAUAUUGCUGAAAUAUUGGAUGCUGUAGAUUUUGCCUAGCGCCAUUCAUGUUUCGUCGGGAUUGAAAAGGACACACUAUAUGGGGGGAACAGUUAUGUCUAAAUGGCAUCACUACAAACAAGAACAUGAUUGAUUCACGACAUAUUUCUCAGUGAGGCUUGUCUAACUUUGUGACGUCUAUUUUUAGCUGUGAACUAAACAUAUGAUGAUAUAUAGUAUGCCAGGCAUAUGCAGUCUGCAGUGAGAUUUUUAUUUUUAACAAAUGUGUGCACACUCAGUGUUUUUUUUCUGUGUUGGUACACUUGAGAAUCUAUUUAUAAGCUAUUUUUUAUCUUUAACAGUAGUUCAACUGCGAAAGAAAAGAUAUAAGUGAAUAAAAAUUUGCUUUAGCAUUUUCCUACUAGCACUUUAAAUAAGUUGGUUAGUUACUUCUGCCUCUGCAUUUCAUCAAGCUCAUCUUGUCACGUUUACUGUAUAUCUCCACUGUCUUUAAUCUGUCUAGACUGUAUAUUUUAGACUGGUCCUGUUAAUUUCUCCAGUUAGAAAUACACAUUCCAGGUUAACAAUCAUACAAGGGGUUAUCAGAAUCUUGAUUUGGGUUUACAUAAGCCAUUUCUUGGCAUCUCAUUUAGCUUGCGUGAUGUCUGUAUGAGUGUUCUGUAUACAUAUGUGUGUCACAUUAUUUUAAGAUUAGAUCUUUAAAAGUGUAUCUUAUACUGAAUCUAAAAUAUUAACAUAUGAUGUUAUUUUGUGUCAUUGUGCUAGGUUAUUUUAUGAACCAGCGUCUGGUACGCUGGAACAGGACACAUUGCUUUCUUUGGUGAAUCAGAAGGGAGUGUCCAACCAGUAUUACCAACAAGUUCUCUGAAUAUACUGGCUUACAGUAUAUACAUACACAUAGGUCUACUGUAUAAACUUACAAAGCAACUCUUUAUAUGACACAUCUCUUUACAGAAAUGGUUUUUAAUAAUGUAGUAAGUGUCAUCAUAGCCAGUUGCUGUUAAAUUAUAGGCAGCGAAACGCCUCCAGAUGGCAUCUGAAGACCUCAGAACAUGUUGAGUUUUCACCAACUUUCAAGUCAUUGGCCACUGUUGUGGUUUAAUUGGUUUAAUGUUUGUACAUUUGGUUGUGAAGUGAAUUUGUUUUGAAUGUAAGGAAACACUAUGCGAGUUAUAGUACUGGUUAUUUCAAGCUCACAUACUGUAUGUGGUCUAGGGUCAUGUAUGAUGAGCUGCCAAACUAGUUUGGCAUGUACUGAUGGUAGCAUAAAGAUGAAUAUAUACAUUAUAAGGAGGUUGUAAUGACUAGUUUGAGCCUACAAUGAUUGGUAAUAAAAUGUCAAAUUGUGGACGAUGUUCGUUGCUCAGAACCUACUUUUUAGUAGAGACGUUUUUUGAGAAGUUUUGAUCGAAGGGUGCUCUCAUACAUCUCUGCAUGAGGAAGAACUGUGAACUUUAACAUGAGCUUUCCGUGACUCGUCUUCAUUUCUGUACAAUAAGAUUUUUGUUUCCAUAGCACUCAUUAUUUAUAUGAAUAUUUACGUUUUUCCUCAUACCUCUUUUAAAGAAAAGUAUUAAUUUAUUUUUGUCCAUGUUGUCUGAAGUUAUCACAAUUAGAAUCAGUGGCUAUAUUACUAUAUUUUAAUCCAACUGCAUAAUUGUUACAGGAUUACUUGUUUUAUCUUGUAUUGUUUAAAGUAGAAAGCAUCUGUGUGCAGCCCAUAUGCUGUUGUAACAUGAUAGUACAGAGAUAUAAAGAUAUUUCUAUAUCAUAAUGCACAA